UGUCCUCUCCCGGCUUCCGUAGACAUUCCUCCGCUGUCAGUGAGUGUGCGGUGACAGACAUCCAUCGGUGAGCCUCCAAUCCAGCUCCAAAGUGUCAACUAUGGAAGAGAUAAAUAACAUUGAAGUUGUUCCGUGCACAGAGUCCGACUAUCUCAAACCUUUCCGGGUGCACUAUAACCAGAAUGGCACAAAGAAAUCCUGGGACUUCAUGAGAACCCACGACAGUGUAUCAGUGCUGAUCUUCAACACCACCUUACACUGUUUUGUCCUCGUCAAGCAGUUUCGUCCAGCUGUUUACAUGUGUGAGUGGGAAAAGUCCAAGACGCAGCCCCCUCAGUCUGCUGAGAAAAACGAGGAGGGUGCAGCUGAAGCUGAAGCUGCAGCCCCGGCCUCUGAGUCUCAGGAGGGCCAGUCAGCCUCAGAGGGGGAGAGCUCCUCUAAGCAGCCCCCGGCCUCAGCGGGGGUCACCUACGAGCUUUGUGCGGGCCUGGUGGACAAACCUGACCUGUCCCUGGAGGAGAUCGCCCGUCAGGAGGUGCUGGAGGAGUGCGGCUACGAUGUGCCUGCCUCCAAACUGAAGAGGAUUACUUCCUACAGGUCAGGCGUCGGUGUAACGGGCUCAAAGCAGACCAUGUUUUACGCCGAGGUGUCUGAAGACAACUGUGUGAGCGCGGGUGGAGGUGAGCCUCGGGAGGGAGAGCUUAUCGAGGUGGUCAAAGUCCCGCUGCACGAGGCCAUGACGUUUGCGUACGACGAGCGUAUACCCAAAACCAUGGGCGUCAUUUUUAGUUUCAUCUGGUUCCAUAAUAACAUGUCUCCCAAGUACAAGAUCUCUACCAAUGUGUAAUUAGUAUUAAUCAACUAUCUUUAUACGGUUUAUUCAAAUCAAAUCAAACACCGGCCCAGCACAUAAUCCACUCUCCCCUUUAUCGCUCUUCAUCCUGUGUUGCCUUUUUUAUGCUCAUUGGUACAUGAUGAAAGGUGGGCCCCUUGUCUUGUUGCCAACAGCUAACUUUACUUUUUGUCCUGUUUACCUUCUCAGUAUCAUGUGGUCUUAAGAUUUUCCCUCAAAACCAAUUUGCCAUUGCUGGUUGUCACUGGCACUUUUUGUCUCUUCUUGUUUAUUUUGUAUUUUUCUCAGUUACUGUGCCAUCUGUUAUAAAUGGCUGCAUAUCACUGAUUUCAUCCUCCUGCCCUCGAUUAAAGGAAUAUUCCACUGCUUUUAGUCUAGGCUAUUGAAUGUUUCCUAAAGGCAAAAAAAGCAACAACUUAUAAAUCACCCAACAUCAGCCAAACAACCUUACAAUUCUUUCUUAUAGUUCAAUUGUUCUCACCACACUACAACACCCAGGAUUCAUUGCAAACUAUUUAAAGCCAUGAUGCUAACCAGCCAAACGUCACUGGUUAGCAUUGUUAGCAAACGUUUUACAUGCUGAUAUUUCAAUUUGAUGUAAUGCAAACAUUUCUACAUGACCAACCAAGUGUUUGCAUUUUGACAUUACACAUGAAACAUGGCUACUUCUUUUUUUUUUUUUAUUGGUCCUGUGUUGAAACAGAGUAGAAUAGAGUGAAGGAAAAUCAAACCAAACAGUGGAGUAUUUCUUUAAGCCAUGAUCCAGUAAUGCAAAAACUAUGCUAGUCAACGGUGGGGCCUUGUACCAGUCGAGGUGUUAGAUGGGUUUUAACCGCCACUUGUUCAAGCCUCAGUUUAGUUCUCUGACCUACAGCCUUUAAGCAAUAUUUAUCAUAUUACCCCCCUGGGCGAAACAAAUCACUCACUGAUCUCUACCCCUCGACUGUGUUUCUUGAUGGUCGACGUGUCUCCUCCUCCUUUUGUACAAAACUGAAGCCAAAAAAAAGAACCUACCCUAAAAAGAAACACAUUUAACUUACCGAUGAAACGGCAGCGAUCCCUCAGGUCGGUAACGUCCGGGGUGGAACAGAUUCUUCUGUCAAUUUGAAGAAGUUCAGUGACUCUCGUGUCAGGGUUAGUUAGGAUUCGACUUCUCCGAAAAUCGAACUCUGAGGAAUAAAUCAGCGUGUCCAGAACUAUCUAUAAAGACAGAAACUAUCAAAUUUUAUAGUUGGACCCAUGUCCCAUCUGUUAACAUGGAGGAGGCGGAGCUUAUGACCUAUGGUGCAGACAGUCAGGAUGGGGAGCUCCAAAUGUUUUGGCUUCACUUUUCGCCUUUGGAGCUGUCAUGUCGUCCAUCUUUUUAUACAGUCUUUGCAUCAACCCUUAACACUCUUAGAAAAUCCACCUGUGGACAAGAUUAUCAAACUUUUUAAUUCCACAAUCAAAGUGGAAAAAUGAUCAUGGAAUACAUUGUUCCAACACACAAGAAAAGCAAACCCCUACCGCUACACCGAGGGGCUUCAUUUUGAUUUGUCUCCAUGUUGUCGCUCAUAAGCACAAAGCUGCGGUGAGUCAUGUCAGAGGAAAUCAGAAAACUGACCGCUAACAUGUUGGUGUAUCCUGAAAUCCCAUUGACAUGGAAAGGAGUGCUUUGAAGGAGGUAUUCUUUCACAUUCUCUUACAUAUUAUUUAAGACUAGAAAUACAGUAAAGGAAACAUCAUAAACCCUCCAGAGAGUUCAUUUUACCCACAGAUGUAGGAGCGUAUUUAAAAAGGACUCGAAACCAUCUAAGAGAUUGCCUCCGAUCAUAAUUCAUGAUGGAGAUUCAGUGUCGCAAAUAUUGAAAGGUCAUCAACACACAAACCUGAUCGCACAAAGUGAAUCUCAGCAGCAGUUUGCCAAAAUCUCAGGUCCAAAUAGUCAAACUGCUGGUUCAUAUCCAGGGUGGACCUCUGGGUGUGAAAAACAACCAGCAUGUUAGUACAUAUUAUCAAAUCUAUCGCAGCUUAAUGGCAACAAAGUUCUUACUAUUCUUAUUACAUGUUAGUUUUUUAAAUUCAAAAAGGGCUGGUACUUCAUUGUUAGUUAAUAUGUAAAAAAGAAAGACCCCCCCUCCCCCCUUUACCUAGUAGUAGAUUUCUUAAAAAGUAUGCAAGUUCUAAAGAUGAUGAAGCUUUAGAAAAUUACAGCUAACUUAGCACAGCUUGAACAUGUCAUUAGUCACACAUUACUAAAAAAAAGAUUAUAAAAGAACUACAACUGCACGCUGAAGGAGAGCUCAACUCACUUCAGGUGCACCUGCAGAGUUGGAAAACGUGCGUGAGAAAAAAGUGAAUGAAUUUUGACAAAAAAAAAAAAAUUGUAGUCCCCUGUGUCCACCUAGCGUUUUUUUUCCAGCUGUGCGCUCGGUAGAGCUUGCAUGAAGCGGGUUGUGCGCUGAGAAGAAAAGCGCUGCACGUCCGUCCUGUCUCUAUGACAACAGUGCGUUGACUACGGCCACUGUAUGUCCGACGCGGCUCUGUUACUUUACUGUAUGUUUUUCUUUUAAUUUGAGAUCAUUUAUUUCCAGUUUAUCAGACACGGAGCAAAGAGCUUUGAAUUUGGAAAAGAGCGCCGGUGACGUCAGCAGCCCUUUCUGAAAAGUUGGAACGAUUUUCAACUCGAGCGCUCGGAGCGGCCGCACAAAAAGUUGAAGCGCUCGUAGAAAAAAAGGCGCUGGGCUCUGCGCUUUUUCUCCAAGCGGCCGCUUUCUGCUGCCAAAGGUCUCUCUACUCAUAGAAAACAAUUUUAAAAAAGACGCUUGCGCCCAGAAAAAUGUUGCGCUAGGUGGACACGGCGGCCUUACUUAACGAAAUGGAAAAAAAGUGCUGUAGGUUUUUAUUUGUACGACUUUUAAGUGCAAUGUUUCUAAUUGUUUUCCAGAGUAUAAAAUCAAAACAUGAAAUCAUGAAUCUGCCAUAUUAAACAAAAACAAAUCAAUUUACCGCUGUACUCGAUGUAUUUGUCUAGGAUUUAUUUUGUUUCUCAAGGCUGACAAUCAAAUGUCAACAUUUCUCUGCUGUUACCCCAUCACACCUUGUGUUUUGAUUUGAGCUCUUUUAUUCCUAUUCUUCAUGCAGCGUAUGUCCUUGUCCCUCUUGAAUCUCACCAAAGUUCUCUCAGAGGAGGACUGAGCUUCACGUUCAGGCAUCAGAAUGAGGUUAUCUGGUGCCGCUCGAGCUCGCAUUGCUUUGUUCUCUUCUGUGCAAACAAAACAGAAGGACGGAGAAUUUUAAAAUGUUUGGUUUCUCACACUGAAUCAAAUAUUUGGGGUAUAUUUCCAACCACACUUUGUAGGAAUAUAUGCACAACCCUUAAGCCAUAUUUACACCCAGUCACUAAGCUUGUUUGUCCUUCUGUCAAAAAAAAAAAAAUCCUCCAUUUAGGGUUGUAUACUUUGCUGGAACAGCUUGAAUUAUUUUUCAUUUUGUUGAUUUUCUUGGGAAGUGAAAUCUUCACAUUUGUUAUACCUGGCUGCAGCCUGCAUAAAAGGGGCGGGGCUCUCUGUUAAUGUCACCUGCCUUUUGUAAAAGUAGUUUUAAGUGUUGAAUGAAAUCACACCCAGCAUCGUUUGAUGAGUUAAAACUGCUGAAUUUAGGCAGGAUAAAAGAUGGAUUUCAUUGGUUAGGACCUGAGUUUUGUAGUUAGAAUAAAAAGUGGUAUGUGUUUAAUUGAGGAACAAAUAUAGUGAGGGGGAACUGUUUCUCUGAAAACUCUUUUUUUUAUACAACUGUGAGUUAACAUGGUAAAUAUUUACUUUUGACUUUACUUUAAGAUAGAGUCCUUUUUUAUUUCAAAAGUAAGACUGAGACCGAUUUAAAAUUGCAACACUUUGUUUCUCUGAAUGCUUUCAAAUCGUCGGUGAAAGAUCUUGUAACCAGACUUUCUGUGCGCAGAUGUUUCAGCUGAUCGUUUUCAUGUUUUCUUAAACCUACAGUGUGACUUCUGUUUUUUUUUUUGUUUCUGUUGUUGUUGUUGAAAGUGUCUGUUGCUGCUAUCUGUGGCCAGGUGUCUUUUGUAAAAGAGAUCUCUGAUCUCAAUGGGACAACCCUGCCGAAAAUAAAGGUGAAAUAAAAAAGAGAAUAAAUGAAUGAAAGUA